UCAUCAUCAUCAUCAUAUAGAGAUCUUCUUUUUCUUCUUUUUCUUCUUCUUCAUCAUCAUCAUCAUCAUCGUAUAGAGAGAAAGAUCAAGAGAGGUUGGUUGCCAUGGAAAAAGCCAAUAUUAUAAGGAUACUGAAUGAAACAAGGGUGUACCCAUCUUCAGGCUGUGUAGAUGAAGCCACAGUCCCCCUCACCUUCUUUGAUGCAAUAUGGAUCCAUGGCCAACUAGUAGAGCGCAUCUUCUUCUAUCCUCUACCUCAACAAUACACCACUGAUCACUUCAUCAACUCCAUAAUCCCAUCCCUCACCUCUUCCCUUUCUCUAACCCUCCAUCACUUCUACCCCUUGGCAGGCAAGCUCAUCAGACUCUCUCCCAACUCCAAUGACUUUGCCAUACACUACAAACAUGGUGACUCAGUCCCCUUCACCAUUGCUGAGUCUCUUGCUGACUUCCAAGCUCUCUCAUCCAACCAUCCUCAUCCUUUCAAUGAUGUUUACCCUGAUCUAGUUCCAAUCCUAGACAAGUUCUCAGAUGAUUCAAAACCUCUACUAUCUUUGCAAGUCACCUUCUUUCCCAAGUACUCCGGCAUCACAAUCGGUAUCGCCUUAAACCACAUCGCCGGCGACGGCCCCAGCUUUAUGCAUUUCUUCAAGUCAUGGGCUCUGUCAUGCAGCUCUUCAGGCGCUGUGCCUCUACUUCAACCUCCUCCCUUGUUUGAUAAUUCUCUAGUUAAUGAUCCUCAUGGAUGUUGUUCUAUUUUCCUCCAAGAUUCACUGUCUCCCUCUGCAGAUAAACAACGUCCUGUCUCUUCAGCACCUGCAAUUUCAGAUAGUCCUGUUUGUGCUACAUUCUCUCUUGACUCAGACCAUAUCCAAAGGUUGAAGAACAACUUCUAUAAAAAGUCUAAGUUGAACAAGACACCAUCAAGUUUUGCUGUUACAUGUGCAUAUGCAUGGGUUUGCUUUGUGAAAGCACAAGGAUACUCAACUCAACAGAGAGCAAAUUUUUGUUUCACAGUUGAUUGCAGGGAAAGGUUGAAGCCACCGCUGCCAGCCAACUUCUUCGGCAACUGCAUCGGUCCUGGUUUCGUCGAAGAAGACGUCGAAAAGCUCAUCGGACAAGAUGGAGUUCUUGUUGCAUGUGAGGCAAUUAUUACAACCAUUGAAGAAUGCAGACAUGAUGUUCUAAGAGAUGUGGAGGGAUGGAUGAGGAAGUUUGGUGCUUGGGUUGCAAAUGGGAGGCUGUUAACUGUUGCUGGGUCUCCAAAAUUUGGGGUUUAUGGUAUUGAUUUUGGAUGGGGGAAGCCUUGCAAGGUUGAGGUAGUUUCCAUUGCAAAGACUGGAGCCAUGUCUCUUGCAGAGAGGAAAGAUGAACAAGGUGGGAUUGAGCUUGGUUUUGUGAUGCCAAAAGCCAUAAUGGAUCAGUUUGCUUCUUUGUUUUCUAAGGGACUUCAAGUUCUUAUUUCAAGUUGAUUAUUAGGGCACAUUAGACAGAAAAUAGUUUAAGGGAAACUAGUGUUUGUAUUGUUUGGUGUCCAAGUAUUUGUACUGUUUGGUGUUUGAUAUUUAUAAUCAUAAAAUAAAAUUAUUAUUAGAUUU